GUCUCUGUCCACAGCUGACGAUAGAAUUGUCAACAGAGAUUCUCAAGCAAGAAGGUCGUGAUCACCGCUCGAAUCUGAUCCGUCGUCCAAUUCAUUUGACAAUGACAGCUGAAGAAUGCUCUGGAGACGAGCGAGAAGGUAGGCUUGCGGCAUUACAGUUAGCUGGGAUGUGUGCAGUGCCCUUGAGUUUGAAGGCCGCUAUACUAUUGGGUGUGCCAGAAAUUUUGAACGAAGCAGGUCCAGAUGCUAAGCUGACUUCCGAGGAGAUCAGCAAGCUCAUAGUGAGUCCCGGAGGAACCUCUGCCGAUGCAGAGAACUUGGACCGCCUUUUACGAGUUUUGGCCUGCCACAACAUUGUGACAGAGACAUGCGUUGCAGCAUGUCCCUCGAAUCCGCAAGCUACCGAGAGACGAUAUGGAGUCACGCCAGUUUUGAAGUAUCUGAUAGCCAGCAACGAGACUGGAAUGUCCCUCUCUCCACUUUUCCUUCUGCGUACAGACUCUGUGUACACAUCAGCUUUUCAGUACCUCCAUGCACCAGUUCUGGACCGGAACGCAGAGCCUUUCGUCAUCGCCAAUGGCAAGAAGAUCAUCGAUGUUUUAGAGACAGACUCGCGGUUAUCCGAGCUGUUCGACACGAGUAUGGCCCAUCAUACACAUAUGUGGGUGUCGAUGCUGCUCGAGACCUACCGAGGCUUCGAAGGUCUGACCUCGUUGGUCGACGUCGGCGGUGGAGUGGGUGCAAAUCUGGCCAUGAUCCUCUCCCGGUACCCUGACCUCCGAGGGAUCAACUUCGACCUGCCUCAUGUGGUCGCCAAAGGAAUUCAAUCACCAAGAUUGGAGCAUGUAGCUGGAGACUUUUUUCAAAGUGUGCCUCGAGGAGAUGCAGUCUGGAUGAAGUGGAUUCUGCACUGCUGGAGCGACGAGAGUUGUGUCAAGAUACUGAAAAGCGUAAAUCGAGCACUGCCUCCACGAGGCAAGUUGAUCAACAUGGACUCAGUUCUGCCCGAGACGUCCGACUCUUCGGUGGAAACGCAAAUCAACGUCUGCGCCGACAUGCUCAUGAUGGCCGCAAACAAGGGCGGCAAACAACGCACUCUGACGCAGUUCCGCAAACUUGCGCAAGAUGCCGGAUUCUCGAGCGUGCACCUCGUGGCCACAGUCGACACGCUGUCCGUGCUGGAAUUCCAUAAAGGGUGAGAGCCGGCACAAACAGUUUGUAACGGAUCCGCGUAGUUUGCACGCUCAUCAGAAACUACGACGGUCUGGGGUGAUCCGUAGUUUCUAACGAAACUCAUUAUUCCUCUACGUGGUUGCUGUUGCUCCUUCCAAGAGAAUUUUCCCGACAUUUGAGAUCGGUGUACAAGUACCACGUUUGUUUUGGCUCGAAACGGACAACUCGAAAGCUCGCUUGCUUUACCAAAUGCAUCUGAAACAAGUGCCACAUAGAAGCAUAGAUUUUUCCGACAAGGUUUGAUUUGAACAAAAUGUCAAUUUUCUACCUGGCGUGGAUAUAUAUGUGAAUUAUCAAAGACUGGACAUUAGUUUAUGGAACUGCCACUCCGUCGGAAUCUAUACAAUUUUAUUAUCACAUGUUUUGGGCAUCAUUACACGAGGAGGUCUA